AUGAACCUCAACCUGAACGAUCCGAGCAUUCCCAGUCCCGGCGAACUCUCCAGUAGCGAUCCGAGAAUCGGGUUCGGUCACAGCUACGCCUCGGCGAGCCCCCCUACCAUCGGUGGAAGGUCUGCCAUUGCCACAGGCGAUCCGCACCAUCAGCGUCAGCCCAGUCUCGGGGAAAUUCAUAAUGAGCUGGAACAGGAGCAAGAAGCGCAAGUCAAUCGGAUGCUACAGAUGAUCCGAGAGCAACAGCUGCAACUUGACGCACUCCGAAACAGUCAAGGCCAGAACGGGCAUCACUCCCGGCAGUCCUCACAACCCAACUCGGCUCUGGCUGGCAGCAGCACCGCAGUGGUCGACGACGAAACGCCUGCCUCUGAACGCUCGAUAACUUUUCCAUCGGUUCACCCCGCAGUUCCCACUGUCCCUCCGCUCACAAGACGCAUCUCGCGCGGACCUUCUAGCGCAAGCCGUUCGCCAGCCCUCCGACCACUACCAGGCCAGGACUCAAGCACCGGCAAUACUACAAGUGGUGAUUGGCCCCCGUCGCCCCUCGAGUCAAUCAGCACGGCACGGAGAAACAGUUUCCGCGACGAGACUGCCUUUUACCAAGCAGAGACCGCCAACUUGACCCGUGAGAAUCAGAUGCUGAGAAUGCGGAUUCGCGAACUGGAAAAGCAGAUCAGCGAACUGACCGCCGCUCCGGCAAAUACCCCUGCCACACCCUCUAAUCUCGUCAGCAACCCGCCGGUAAAUAACGCACCGACAACAGCUGCUCAGGAAGAGGCUUCUGCUGCGGCCGAGGUGGCACGGGUCACCAUCGAACCGGACAAAGCUUGA